GAAGUGGAAGUGGGGGCCUGGCGGCGGUGGGAAAGAUGGCGUACCAGAGCCUCCGGCUGGAGUACCUGCAGAUCCCGCCGGUCAGCCGCGCUUACACCACCGCCUGUGUCCUCACCACCGCCGCUGUGCAGUUGGAAUUGAUCACACCUUUUCAGUUGUACUUCAAUCCUGAAUUAAUCUUUAAGCAUUUUCAAAUAUGGAGAUUAAUCACCAAUUUCUUAUUUUUUGGGCCAGUUGGAUUCAACUUUUUAUUUAACAUGAUUUUUCUAUAUCGUUACUGUCGAAUGCUAGAAGAAGGCUCUUUCCGAGGUCGGACGGCAGACUUUGUAUUUAUGUUCCUUUUUGGUGGAUUCUUAAUGACUCUUUUUGGCUUGUUUGUGAGCUUAGUUUUCCUGGGUCAGGCCUUUACAAUCAUGCUUGUCUACGUGUGGAGCCGAAGGAACCCGUACGUCCGCAUGAACUUCUUCGGCCUUCUCAACUUCCAGGCCCCCUUCCUGCCCUGGGUGCUCAUGGGGUUUUCCUUGCUGUUGGGGAACUCAAUCAUUGUGGACCUCUUGGGUAUCGCAGUUGGACAUAUAUAUUUUUUCUUGGAAGAUGUCUUUCCCGAUCAGCCUGGAGGAAUAAGAAUUCUGAAAACACCAUCUGUUUUGAAGGCUAUUUUUGAUACACCGGACGAAGAUCCAAAUUACAAUCCUCUACCUGAAGACCGGCCUGGAGGCUUCGCCUGGGGCGAGGGCCAGCGCCUCGGGGGCUAGAGCUGCAGUGCCAAUGAGAAGAGACCCCGCUGGGAAAGACUGGCAUGACAUGCCCUUUGGGAUUCUUUUACCCUUUGUGUUGCAAGAGUGGGGCCACUUGCCAGCUUUACAGAUGUUAAUUCCAGAAGCACUUUAUGAGCUGGUACUCUGAUGGAUCCUGAAGACCUUCAGCAGUUGCCCUGUGCUUCCUCACUGCACUGGCACGGAAUGUGUAAUCUCGGAGCCAAAAAAAGAAAAGAAAAGGAAAAACUGGAGAGACAAGCAGCCGGCCACCUCUACCUAACAAGUACAUGAAUACUUGAGUUUGAUGACCUAAGGCAGGGCUGUCUCCUCCUCCUCCUCUCUGCUAGACAAGGCCAUGGUGUACAUGGAAGUGUCAGGGAGGACAAAAUAAAACUGAAUUCCAUCUCUCGCUCACUGUA